AUGAAACUUUCAGUAUUGGCGGUAGCCAGCGUGUGCUGCCUGGGGGUGACGGGAGUACGAACUUCAAAUGCAGCAUUCGAUAUCAACGCAGAUUGGAUAUCUUGGGAUGAUGAUACGUGGACUUUGAAGUCUACCAAGCCGCUACCAGGGAUAUUUACCGCGUGGCUACCACAAUCGAAUGGCUACUUUGGUCUUGCGCAGGGCUCUUUAGGGCCAUUUUAUGAACGCAGUCGUCGAAAUGACUCUGAAGGAUGGCCAUCUUAUAGCAAGCCUCGAAGGACUUUCGCCACCGUCACGGGAUUCUGGGGGAGUCUGCCUAGUACGCUUGAGCCUGGGGAGUUGGGUGAGAGCUUCAUCUCUGGUGUGCCUCACUUUACAGAUUUACUCGUCGAGGCAUGUGGUAGUGUGCUCAAUGGAGGUAUAAGUGUAUCUGAAAUCACUCAGUUUGAGUCAACGCUAUCUUUCAAGACGGGGAUACUCACAUGGUCAUAUAUCUGGAGCCCCCCAGAAUGCCAAGAUGGAAGGAGCAUAAAGAUAUCUUAUGAAUCCUUGGCUUCACUGGCGGAAAGACGCCUGGCAGCUGUGAAGCUAGUUAUUUCCAGCGAGCAUGGCCUCGAUGACGUGCAUGUUGUUGAUCUUCUAGAUAACCAGUCCGCUUUACGCACGACGACCAUCAAGAAAGGGGCGAACCUGGCCAAGAGUCAAAUCUUUUGUGCUGUAUCCCCCAACAAACUUGAUGAUAUCAUGGCGUAUGUGCUGUCAUCGACGGUUGGAGAUAAUUUGAUACCCGUGGAAGCCAAUGAAGAGUACUCCAGUGACCUUUUCUCCUCCUUUGACAACCUAGCAGCAGGUUCAACCAACUCAACCACCAAUUCCGAGUCCAUAUCCCCGGCACAGCGAUAUCGAUUGAAAUCUGGUCUACAAUCCACCACAGUUUACAAAUUCGCAGCCAUCGCUUCAUCAGAGCAUUAUAGGACAGAAACAGAGGCUGUGGUGUCGGAGGUUGUAUCUUCUGCCGUAAAGCAAGGAUAUGAGUCUGCACGGAAACAGCACACUGCUGAAGUGCGUAAGCUCAUGAGUUCAGACUUCGUGGCGGACUUUCGAGAUCCAAAGACAGCAUCCCUCCCAGACGACAAUACGGUCAAGACGUUGCAAAUCGCUGCGAUUUCGUCUGCGUACUACCUCUACACGAGCCUCAUGCCAUGGACUCCAAAUGACGACAACCCAAGCACUUGCAUCGCAUGCAAUUCUCUUGCUGUUGGCGGAUUGGUUUCUCAAACGUAUGGAGGCAAGAUCUUCUGGGACGCUGAUCUCUUCAUGGCUCCCCCCGUCCAAGGAGUGCAUCCCAAGUUGGCGAGACAGUUUGCUCUUUACCGCAUCAACCGAGCAGAGGAGUCUCGCAAAAACACCAAAAGACACAAUCUGCAAGCUGGGAGCAUGCUUUAUGCGUGGACAAGCGGUCGAUACGGGCAAUGCUACAACAUCUCUGCCCCCUGCAUCAUGUACCAAUAUCACCUCAAUGCCGAUAUUGCUUUAAGCAUGACCAUGGCCCGGAACACAAGCGGUGAUAGGACUUGGUUUGAGAAUUCAGGGGCAGUGGACGUUAUUGACGGGGUUGCCUUGGGUCUGAGCGACUCUUUAACACGACGAGAAGGAACUGGUCACUGGGGUAUUGAUGUCAUGACAGAUGCCGACGAAUACUACAUGUGGGUCGCAGACGGUUCAUUCACUAGUACUGCAGUCGGCACCCUGCUUGAACUUGCCUCAGAGGCUCGUAACAAACGAGGCAUCCCACUAGAGCCUGACUGGCUUGACCAGAUCGAGCACAUGAUAAUACCCACAUCAGAAGACAACGUUGUUCUCGAGUUUCGGGGAAUGACAAACGAUGUCUUGCCCAAGCAGGCAGACAUUAUCUUAUCUCACUAUCCCUACGAUUACAAGCGAAAUUUCUCCCUCGGCAAAUACAGAGCUGCCAUGGACUUUUACGCGGUCCGUACGGAUCCCCACGGCCCAGCCAUGACGUGGAGCAUGUACGCCAUCACAGCCAACUCCCUAGCCACUUCAGGUUGCGCAUUCUGGACAUAUCUCGUCAAAUCAUUCCAGCCUUAUAUGCGCGGCCCUUGGUACCAGUACUCCGAACAGCAAGACGAUGAGCCUGGUGUCUUGGACCCGCUGACGGGUAACGCCAUCAACACGGCAUUCCCGUUUCUCACUGGUCACGGUGGUCUGCUGCAGAUUUUCACGGCUGGAUUUCUCGGUUUACGCGUCACGCACCGGAAUCUUUUGAUAAACCCGUCCCUCCCUCCACAGCUUCGUGAUUUCAAGCCACCCAUCCAAUUUUACAACGGGGCUGUUGUCAGCUUCGUUAUGAACCGCACGCAUACUUCGAUCACGCGGCGCGAUGCAUCGACUUUUGAUGGUUUGGUGCCGGAUCAGUACGGCCAAGACAAAAUGCCAAUUACUAUUGGCCGAGGCGUGGAUGACCUCGGUGCGCAGACUGUACAUCUGCACAUCAAUGAAACCAUAGUCGUGCAGAAUAGACUGUACGACACAAAUCUUUCCGUGCCAAGCAAUAUCCUGCAGUGUCAACCUGCUACCUCUAACCAUGGCGAACUGGCUUUUGCAGCCACUGAUGGAUACGGAGGAACCUUUUGGCAGCCAGACACGGAUGAGCCCACGGCUGCUUUAGUGGUGAGUCUGGGAUCACAGGAGCCGCGGCUGUUGGAGGCUAUUCAUUUGGACUUUGCCAUGCGCCCACCAAAGCAUGUCAGAGUGUCAGUCUCGAAUAUAUCGGAUUUUGAAUCCGCCACUGUCUUGGCGGACCAAGACAUACACAUUACGAAGCCGUGGGUCCCUGAAUCGCCAGUAGUGAAAUAUGCAGGAAACAUCACCACCAUCCAGCUCAGGGAGGCAGUUUGGAGUGGUGCGUAUGCGAAACUCGAGAUUACCGGGUGUUGGACGGAUGAUGGUGCGGGGGCAACAGUGGCCGAAUUUGGGCUGUUGGCUGGAGAUCACAAUGGAUGA